AAACCAAAAAUGUCUGCCUAAGGGAAACUCGUAACUGAUAUAUAUAGAGGAUAUUUUACCCAGGUAUUGCGGUUUAAACCCACAUUUCGCUCUUUUGAGGCGUGUUGCAAGAAAGCGAGUCUUCACCAGAUCACCCUAGUCGGGAUUUUAAUCGGAAAAAAGGUUUCGAGAUCGCCAGGAUGAAUCCUCAGCAGCGGAUUGCCGCUCUCGGAACAGACAAGGAAUUAAGUGACCUGCUGGAUUUUAGUGCGAUGUUCUCUCCACCUGUCAGUGGAGCAAAGAACAGGCCUACCACACUUGGAAGCAGUCAGUUCACUGCAUCAGGUAUGGAUGAGCGGACCAACCAAGCGUCUUGGGCCCCAGGUGGCGAGUCCAGUCCUUCCUAUGAGUCCUCCCGGGGUUUCGCUGACAGCCCUCAUUAUAGCGAUCAUUUGAGUGACAGUCGAUUAGUGUCCCAUGAAGGAUUGUCCCCAACACCUUUCAUGAACUCGAACAUAAUGGGCAAAUCGGAGAGGGCUCCAUUUCCUGGCUAUGGGAAGAAUACUGGAGCACCAAGUUGUCAUCCUCCUUCUGUAAGAUCGGAUGUCGGGUUGGCGAGUCCUAGUCCAGUGACUCCGUCAGGAAAGUCAGCUGCUCCUUUCUACUCAUUCACUGCAGCCAACCCUAGAAGACGUCCUCUGCAAGAUCCUUCGCCCGUCGAUCCUCUACAAACAAAAAAGGUUCGCAAGGUCCCUCCUGGCCUGCCUUCAUCUGUGUAUGCACCAUCUCCAAACUCAGAAGACUUCAACAGAGAUUCACCUUCCUACACUUCUCCUAAACCCUCCAGCAGUAUGUUUGCAAGCACUUUCUUUGAUGGUACCCACAGUUCGUCUGACCCUUGGAACUCAUCCAACGGGAUGAGUCAGCCCGGCUACGGAGGAAUGCUCACUGGAUCUUCAUCUCACAUGCCACAGUCAGGAAACUACAGCAGCCUACACUCACAAGACCGUUUGAAUUACCCCGCACACUCAGUCUCUCCAGACAUCAAUGCCAGUCUUCCUCCCAUGUCCAGCUUCCACCGAAGCAACACCAGCACUUCGCCAUUCGUCACUGCAGCGCACACCCCGUCCGUCAACGCGGCCGAUGGGGUCAUGGCUGCUGCAAAUCGGGGGAACGCCACUGGAAGCUCACAGACUGGAGAUGCACUGGGCAAGGCUUUAGCCUCGAUUUAUUCACCUGACCACACUAGCAGUAGUUUCCCAUCCAACCCGUCGACACCUGUGGGUUCUCCUUCACCUCUGACAGCCACAGCAGGUGCUGCCUCAGCAGGUACCGUGGUGACUGCUGCCGGCACCCCGUCUGGAAGGCCAGGUACCAACCAGUGGCCCCGUGCUGGUGGACAGACCCCCUCCUCUCCAAACUAUGAGAACUCCCUUCACUCACUGUCUCGAAUGGAGGAUCGUCUGGACAGACUGGAUGAUGCAAUCCUUGUUUUGAGGAACCAUGCAGUGGGCUCCACCGCCAGUCUGCCCAGUGACAUACACACUCUGCUGGGACAGGCACAAAAUGGGCCAAUAGCAGCCCUUGGAGCAAACUUCCCCGCCUCUGCAUUGGUUCCAAGCCGGACAGCAGCGAUGCAGGGUGGCGCCCAUGCUGAUGAUGCUGCCAGCCUGAAUAACAACCACGGGGGCCUGCCCAGCGCCGGCUCCACGUCCAGCACAGAACUCAACCACCAAGUGGAAACCUUCAGAGGUCUUGCUUCAGCCCUGGCUGGCCAGGUGCCUGCCACGCUGGAGCUGAAGGUGGAGAAACCGGACAAGGAUGAAAUGAACGAUAACCUCUCCAACGAUGACAAGUCAGAUGAUGAGAGUGACAGAAGAGAUAUGAGAACCCCCAGAGCAGGCACACGCACGAGUUCUUUCUCCCACAGCAUCACUGAGGAUGAGGACCUGAACCCGGAGCAGAAGGCGGAGCGUGAGCGCGAGAGGAGGAUGGCCAACAAUGCUCGUGAACGCCUAAGGGUGCGAGACAUCAACGAGGCCUUCAAGGAGCUGGGUCGCAUGUGCCAGCUGCACCUGAAAAGCGAGAAGCCACAAACUAAACUGCUCAUCCUUCAUCAGGCUGUUGCCGUCAUACUGAACCUGGAGCAGCAAGUCAGAGAGCGGAAUUUGAACCCCAAAGCGGCCUGCCUUAAGAGGAGGGAGGAGGAGAAAGUUUCUGGAGGCUCCGGUGAUGCCCAACAAGCCCUCACAGGAGUCCAUCCAGGCCUGACUGACACAUCUAACCCCAUGGGCCACCUCUGAGUAGCAGACAGAUCAAAGUGAUCCACAUCAUUUCUGUCCCGUUUGAGUCGGUGACCUUGCUUCCCAGUGACAGACAGGACUCACAGUUUGUGACACCAAUCGGAGGAGACAGACCACUUGAAGCAAAACUACAAGACUAACACAAUCCAAUCCUAAAAGACUGAAGAAAAGCAAAGCGUCCAGCUCCCUGUGACCACUUUCCAUCUGCAAAUUUCUCCCCACAAAGAAAAAAUCAGCACAUAUCACUGUCUGCAAGAAGUGUUGUUGCUUCUGAACAAUCAGAGACUUCGCAAUCUCCUCCAACCGUACGUGGAAAUUGCCUUGUGCCUAAACUGAAUUGACGAAUGCAUUGUAACAGCAAUUUUUUUUGCCUGUUUCUUUUUUUCUAUUUAUUAUGUUAUUGAGCUAUAAAGUGUAUGUCUAAAGGGAAAGUUUAGUCAAUUCAAAGAGAAGUAUGCAGCUUUUCAGUUUAUCUAUAGUUUGUCAGUGUCACCAUUAAAACUUCGCCCUGGUAAAUCUUUGGCGCGUCCAAGAUGAAUGGAAAAGAUUAAUUUAUUGGCCAGUUUAGAGUGAUAUUUAUACCCAAAGCGAUCAUUAGUUGUUAGAAAUGAAGACGUAAGCACCCCUUUUAAAAAGAAAAAAGAGAUUAUAUUAUUUAUAUUUAUAUUUAAUUCAUUCUGCCACUGACCACAUGUGUAACCAAAACUACCUAUUAUUGUUUCUGUAUAGUUUAGAUCUGCGUGGAAUAAUACUGUAAGUCCGACUAGCAUCAUCGAUAUUGUCCACAAAGGUGACGGACAAAUGGCAAACUCUAGGUUUACUGAAAGCUCAGAUGUAGUUUUUUUCCUCAGUAGUGAGCAGAGAAAAUACAGAGAGCAAACUAUUUGCAAACCUUAGCAUUCCCUGCAUAUUUUUAGUGUCUUAACUGAAGGAAAAGGGGACUUCAUUGCCCUUCCCUCUGCCAUAUAGUGUUACAUGUAAGCAGUGACAUAUUUUUGCAGAAUCCUGUCUUUGUUUAACCUCCUGACAGUUACACACU